UCCGCCGCCCGCGGCCGUUCCCGCCGCCCCGGUCAUGGCCAGGGACUACGAUCACCUCUUCAAGCUGCUCAUCAUCGGCGACAGCGGUGUGGGCAAGAGCAGUUUGCUGUUGCGUUUUGCAGAUAAUACGUUCUCAGGCAGCUACAUUACCACAAUUGGAGUGGAUUUUAAAAUCCGGACAGUUGAGAUCAAUGGAGAGAAGGUGAAGCUACAGAUCUGGGACACAGCUGGACAAGAGCGCUUCCGGACUAUCACAUCAACGUAUUACAGAGGAACACAUGGGGUCAUUGUUGUCUAUGAUGUAACCAGUGCAGAAUCUUUUGUGAAUGUAAAACGGUGGUUGCAUGAAAUCAAUCAAAAUUGUGAUGAUGUCUGCCGGAUACUAGUGGGGAAUAAGAAUGAUGACCCAGAGCGAAAAGUUGUAGAAACAGAAGAUGCCUAUAAAUUUGCUGGGCAGAUGGAGAUCCAAUUGUUUGAGACCAGCGCCAAAGAAAAUAUUAAUGUGGAAGAGAUGUUUAAUUGCAUUACAGAGCUAGUCCUGCGAGCAAAGAAAGAAAACUUAGCAAAGCAGCAACAGCAGCAACAGAAUGAUGUGGUGAAGCUAACGAAGAACAGUAAAAGGAAGAAGCGGUGCUGCUAAUGCCCUUUCCCUGCUGCAGAGACUCUGCUCUCAGACAGAUCAGCCCCUCCAGCUAGACUCGGGCAAUUCCACUGGGGCAGGCUUUGGGAGGACUUUCUCAGUUUUGUGCCGUUAUUUAAAGAUUAUUUUUUCUCCAUGUUUUCUAUCAAGAGGCGCUGGCACCUUACCACUUCAGUGCCAAGAAGGUAUCGGAUGGAAUAUUGCCCCCCUCUCCUCCCCUGCUCAUUCCAGUGCGCCUUGUAGACAAGAAAGGACGUUGCCUACCAAGUGGACUAAUUAACCCAAGAGUUUGUAUAUAAUGUAUAUUGCUUUAACCAGCCUCGCCUCCCUGUUGUCGCUUCGGCUUAUGCCUUCUAAAUGUCAACCAAUCAUGGACUGCAGAGUUCAUCUUUUUAAAGAAAUAGUACAAAGUUCUUAAUUAGAGUUGGCGUCAGGCUGGCAGCAACUGCUUCCUGGGGCCUCCGGCUUCAUUUCUGUUGGGCUCCAGGCUGGCAACUGGUGCCCCUGGGGCCUAUGGCUUCACCUGGAGUUCCAGGCUUUUGCUGGGGCUCAGGCUUUGUUUUUCUAGGUACCAGGAUUGCAGGUGUUGCUGCUGGAGCCUGGGGUUUCACUUCACCAGCCCCUGGGCUGGCAGCUGGUGCUGCUGCUGGGGCCUUGAAUUUCAGUUUGCCGUGAUCCAGGUUUGUGGCUGGGUCCUUGGGUUUCACCUUCUUGCACUGCAGCCCAGCUGUACCUGUGCUGUCCUUUAGUUUGUAUCAAGAUACUGAAAAACAAACUGACCUGCAGAAGUGGGAUUUAUUUGGAUAAAACUUUUUUUUUUUUAAAAAAAAGCAAAGUUUAACUCCUCUGACUUCUGCUUCUGGUUCUGCCAGGGUCCUAAGUGAGGGUCCAUUUCUUCUGGGAACAACAAAACCCAUGUGAUUCUGCCAAAAAACCCCAAACUUCUCCUCGUUGCCCUGUCCACAAAUAGGUGAUCUGAACUUGAAUGUGAAUUUUGGGCGCAAAGCUUUUGUUUUUGAGAGAGAGAAAAGGCAUGAAAAUAAACCCAGGUGUUCUGGAUUGAUGUCUGAACAUGAAAGCUGCUGCAGGAUCAUUCCCAGGAGUCUUCUAUUAGAAAGGAGGACUGCUGUUUAAUGUAAAGAAAUGGAAAGCUUGCUUGCUUGGGUUAUGUGGUGGUGGAGGAUCACCCUUGGAAACAAACUGGUCUCACUAUGCUCAGCAACAUUUUCCUGGCCCUUGUUGGCCUUUCUGGGAAAACAAGGGCUCAGUUCAUCAGCCUGAAUAGAUGUAGUUAAAGGUGGAGAGUGUGUGUGCGUGUAACUAAAAUAUCAAAUGUCUGGGCUGAAAGUACAUGCUCAGCACCUGAAUAAUUGCUGAAAUAAUAAUAAAAGAUUUUUUCCUUAAAAUGACUAAAGGGCAUGGAGGGACUUCCUUUAAGACCUUGAAGGUGGACGUACUCAGUUUGUCAGUAAGUGGCCCUGUGGAGUUGCUGGCCUUAGUUUGGUAGGAUAUGAUUCACCAGUGUCCACGAGCUUUGAAACAGCCCACUUCUCUCCCUUCCUCCCCCUCCCCAGGAGAGGCUAAAUUUUAGUCACUUAUUUUGCCUGCAUUUUUUUAGAUUUUAUGGGUUGUGGUAAGACCCCUAAUCAUACAAUCACAUCACAAUCAAUCACUUUAAAGACUUUUUUAAAAAUGCAAACAAUGAAUGUGUAACACAUUUUUUUUUAAUCAGUUCAGGUGCUGGGAGUAUGUAUCCAGCUGCCUUCACCCGUCUCUUUUCUUCACAUAUCUUUCAUUGGUAA